CACGUUCCGUGCGCCGUCUCUGUUCAGCUUGUUGAAGCGCGAUGGCGGCGAGCCGGGGAUCUUCUUCAUCUUCCAGGUGGUUCUUCACCCGGGAACAGCUAGAAACGACGCCGUCGAGACGAUGCGGAGUAGAACCGGAUAGAGAGCUCUCUUACCGACAACAGGCGGCCAAUCUCAUUCAGGACAUGGGACAAAGGCUCAACGUUUCCCAGCUCACAAUAAAUACUGCAAUUGUUUACAUGCACAGAUUUUAUAUGUACCACUCUUUCACCAAAUUCCACAGAAAUAUCAUCUCUCCAACCACGUUAUUCCUGGCUGCAAAGGUGGAGGAGCAACCACGAAAACUUGAACAUGUCAUAAAAGUGGCGCAUGCUUGUUUGAACCCUCAAGAGCCUCCGUUGGACACAAAGAGUAAUGCGUACCUCCAGCAAGCUCAAGAGCUGGUGAUACUUGAAACCAUAGUGCUGCAGACUUUAGGGUUUGAAAUUACUAUUGAACAUCCUCAUACUGAUGUUGUGAAAUGUUCCCAGCUAGUGCGAGCAAGCAAGGAUCUGGCACAGACUUCCUAUUUCAUGGCUACCAACAGCCUCCACCUCACCACCUUCUGUCUGCAGUACAAGCCCACAGUCAUUGCCUGUGUCUGCAUCCAUCUGGCCUGCAAGUGGUCUAACUGGGAGAUCCCUGUGUCCACUGAUGGCAAACAUUGGUGGGAGUAUGUAGACAGCUCAGUCACACUUGAGUUACUAGAUGAAUUGACACAUGAGUUUCUGCAGAUUUUGGAAAAGACUCCUAGUCGGUUGAAGAGGAUUCGGAACUGGAGGGCAACGCAAGCUGCCAAGAAGCCUAAAGCAGAAGGCCAGUCAUCGGAGAGUGGCUCUUUUGCAGGCUCUUCCUUAACCCAAGACCAGUCUGUGGUAGACGCCAUUCCUGGAGUGUCCACGAACGCAACUUUCCCCAAAGCCCAUACGUCAUUCCCCGUUUCUCUGCCUGGCAACCCAGGUGCUGCCCUUUCCUUGGAUUCUAUUGCUAACAUGCAGGGUGCUUCCUACACUUUCACAGCCCCCAGUGACUGGCCCCAGGACCAAGGGCGCUCGGACUCGUACUCUCUCAAACAGAUCCCUCUCCAUUCCUCGCUGCUGGGUCACCCGCACCGGCCUGACAAAAGCGUGGAGUUCAACCCAGUCAAACAGGAUCACAAGGCCAACAGUGGUGGGAAGCAGCAAGCUCCUGUUUACCCACCGCCUGCACCUCAGACGCAGAAAAUGUCUCUGGAGAAGUACAAGGAGAAACACGCAGCAGAACUGGCAGCGCAGAAACGUAGGCAAGAGCAGCAGCUGCAGCAACAGAGCACUGAGGUGGAAGGCAAGGAUUCAUUUACGGGCUCGGGUCAGGCUGAGCACCGCAAACACCCUCAGCCUCACCUUCAAGGGUCUAGCAGCAGCAGCUCCUCUACCGCCUCUCCCCUUAAGAUGAAACUGCCCUUGCCAGCCCAGGACAAGCUCCAAGGUGACAAACGGGAGAAGGGAAGCUCGUUAAAGCUCCGCCUUCCAGUUCCUGCUCCUCCAGCCGAGAAAGGUAGCACGAGCAAAGAAGAGUUGAAGAUGAAGAUUAAAGUUUCAUCUGAACGGCACAGCUCCUCAGACGAGGGUGGUGGCAAGAGCAAACAUUCUAGUCCAGUGGUGAGCAAGGAGAAACACCGGGACCACUCGGCCCACCGGCACCACCACCACAAGCACGGCCACUCUCACAGCGGCAAUGGUCGAAGCCCCCUGGCAGGUCUUGGCAGCGACGGGGCAAGCUCCGGCUCUUCACGCAAGAGGACGCACGCCGACCCCAGCCAUAACCACCACUCCUCCAAAAAAAGCAAAAGCUCCAAGAGCGGUGCAGGUAGUUCCUCUCAUUGUUCCUCUGUACAGCAGUGUGUGUCGUCUCGCAGCUCUGUUCUUAACCUUGCCUUCCCCCCUCCUCCUCCUCCUCCUCCUCCUCCCCCUCCUGUCGCACACCAGGUGGGCUUCGGACAUCUCAGCAACCUAGUGAAACUGGACAAGAAGCCAGUGGAGAGCCACGGCCCUGAGGGUGCCGCUCGGGCCACUAGCGCUAAUGGCAUACACACAGACUAUAAAGACUCUUUCGAUAUGCUUGAUUCGCUGUUAAGUGCCCAAGGAAUGAACUUGUAGAGAGGGAAAGGGGGAUGAAGCAAAAAAUGAAGACCGAAUCUUAGGUAUUAUCCUUAAGAGGAAGGAAGAAAAUAUGAAUGUGAGUGAGAGUAAGAACUAAUAAUAAAAUGCUUCCCGAUCUUCUGAUCUCUUGGCAGUUCGGUUCA